AUGGCCGACGGUUUUGUGCAAUCUUUCGCUGCCAUCCCUACCGCGGAGGGGCGCCAGAAGGCACUACAUCAGCUCGUUCAGAGUCUAGAAUAUGGCGACCGGCAAGCAGCUUGCGCUUUCAUCCAUGCCAAGAAUGAUAUUUUACCACGGCUUCCUCUCGAACUCGCGCUCGGGAUUUUCGACCAUCUGAAUCUGUUCGAUGCAUGGAGGCUUCAGCUUGUCAACAGGAGAUGGCGUAACUUACUCUCCUCCGAGCGGUUCAUGAGAGCCACUCUGGCUCGAUGGGAAUCUCACGACCCGAAUGACAGUGCGCGCGGUCCUGAUGAGGUCGCCCGUGAGUCGAUUCGUGACAAGAUCCGGCAUAUGAGGGCCCUCUUGGACGGCAAACCAUACACAUACACGACGUUCCGCGACACUGGAGUUGCAGACCCUGAACACCCGCCUAGGCAGCCGCACUGUGUCAUGGACCUGAAGGGCGACAAGUUGGCGUACAUAUCGAGCAAGCCAGAAGACGGCGACACCGUUAUCAUCCGGAACCUCAUCACUGGCGCUGCUAGCAUGCUGCGCAGUGAUGGGAGGGACCAAAUCAUGACCAUCGCGCUCACCACGAAAGCUGUUGCACUGGUGACCUACACUGGUUGCAUGUACGUGACAGAGUUCUCUGAUCACCUGUUCCUGAAAGAGACCAGGCGUGUACAACUACCAUCUUCUCGCAUUCAAGCUGUCAGCGGUCACGACAAGACGUUCGUUCUCGCCAUGGGACCUAACGGCUCCGCUGGAGACGUCCAUGAAGCCUCUGUGCUCGUGUAUGACGCAGAGUUGAACCAUCUUCAGGGGUUCGCUGUCAAAACGAGCAGACCGCCCCAGGAUAAAGAGCUCGAUGCGAAGUUGGUGCUUUGCUCUCGUGGGCUCAUCGUCGACAGCAAUCAGAAGACCAUCGACCUGUUCACACUCGCAAGCGAUUGCCUGGAUGCAGUAAGGGACAAGUAUGAGAUCAGUUGUCUCGUCAUCAUGCAUCACCGCGUCUCAUUCACGGGCUCGUUGAUAGAUGGGAAGCAGGGCAGAGCAUGGUUCCAUCGGCUCACUCCAAAGGUGUACAGUCGCGAGCGUGCCUUCAUCAUGUUCCCACCGCAGCCCAGUGGCAACAAGAAUGAAUACCUUCUUCGGAUUGGCGAGAAGCGGAUGACAUCUCGAGUCGACUCCCUCCGACUGAGGGCCGGUGUUGCCUUCGACCGGCAAGGUGUGACCUGGCCCUUGCGAGACAACGUCCGGCGACAACGAUCUCUCUGGAAUUUAACCCUUGAUCGCCCAGUUCGUGGCCAGGCGGGGACUGCCGAGAAGUUCCAUGCCGAGUGGAAGGGUCUCACGAUCGAUGGGAUUACGAACUUAGAGCGGCACGAGGUGGCAGCGGUGAUGAACGAUACAUUCUUAGCCAAUCUGCAAGUCAGUGAGUCUGAGACGCAGGCGACGCGCCUGCAGGUGUUCUGCUUUGAUGAGAAUGUGUACAUGUAUGGAGCGCAGGACUUUGGGUCGGGGGAUUUUUGA